AUGGUAAAGACGCGCCAAUUGCUCAUGCUUCGAAAACUUUAUCUACGACAGAGCAGAGAUAUGCUCAGAUUGAACGCGAAGCUCCUUGCGCUGAUCUUCGGCGUGAAGAAGUUUCAUCAAUAUCUAUGGGGCCGCAGGUUCACCUUGUAUACCGAUCACAAACCGCUUACGGCGAUAUUUGGUUCAAAGAAAGGUAUCCCCGUAACUGCUGCUAGCCGGUUGCAACGGUGGGCUUUGAUUUUGAUGGGUUAUACCUACCACAUCGAAUACAAGUCAACGCAGCAUUUUGGGAAUGCUGAUGGUCUCUCGCGACUUGCACAAGGGCCAGAUGUUGAAUUUGACAACCAGAUCAUAGGUUAUUCUUCGCUUGACGUGGACGAAGUAAAUGUUGUCUCCGCAGAAGUGACGUCUGUCUUGCCAGUGACAGCUGCAGCGAUAGCCAAGGAGACAUCCCGGGACCACGUUUUGUCUCGCGUCUACCGUAGCGUCCUGGAAGGAUGGUCUGACACAGACAAAGACUGUGAGCUCCAGCAGUAUCGUACACGUCACAGUGAGUUGUCGGUGCUGAAUGGUUGCAUUCUGCUCGGAAUGCGUACCUGUCAUACCGACAAAGUUUCGCAGCGCAAUGUUGGAGGUUCCGCAUCAGGGUCACGUCGGGCAGACCAAGAUGAAGAUGCUUGCAAGGUCUUACCUCUGGUGGCCAUGAACCGACCAAGACAUUAUUGGCACUAG